UUAACCUGCUCAUUGUACAGCACUUUGGCUACCCCUGUGGUAAAUUUUAAAUGUGCUUUAUAAAUAAAGUUGAUUUGAUUUGAUUUGAAAUGCAGGGGUGCCAAUAUUUUUGGCCAUGACUGUAUAUGUUCGUUUUGUGAGUCAAAAUCACCGCAAUAAAUACAAAAAUAAUAUAAUAAAUUAUAACAAGAUUCAAGAACAUAUUUUGUCCUAAAUGCCCAUAUUGCAGGUUUCUAAGAUUCAAGCAUUAUAUUUGGCUGCAUGUGCCAAAAUCGCAACAAUACAUAUAAGAACAUUUUAACAAAUAUAGACAUUUUGAAUAAAUCAAUUUUUUUUCCUAAAUGUCAAUAAUGCAGGAUUAGUACCUCAUUUAGCUAUCAGGUAGUGUGUCAAAAUAUCUGAUCAAAUCAUACCAUUGUUGAAUAUCUGCGUAUUGUCUUUUUAUUGUUUGUGUUUUGGACGGCACGGCUUUUGUAGACGCACUCCUGCGGUGCCACAUGACUGCUGAUGUCAAUGGAACCGGUAGACAAAAUGGUGUUUGUACAUCCAUCCAGCAGCACAAAGAGAGAGAGAGCAGAUGGCAAUAAAUCAGCACCAUCCUCCCGCAUCACUCCUCCAUUGCAUGCAUUUAUCUAUUUGUGUACAUUGAACAUAUUAGCCCUGCAUGUGUAUUCAACGUGGUUCCUCCCACCCUUCUGUCUUGUGGGUCGAAUCCGCCCACAUGGAACGUCUGAGGGAGGGAGAGGAAAAAAAAAAAAAAAAUAGUGCAGGAGGUGACGCUCCUCUGAAGGAACAGAGAGAGGGAAAAGGCAAAAGAGAGGCUACAUCUCCAUUGAAACAUUUGGCAAGGAGGCUUAUAGAAUAUUAUUAUUAUUAUAGCUGAGACAGCUGGUCGUAUUUUGGCAAUAACACAAAGAAAAAGGUGCGGUUUUGUGAUUGACAGCAACAAGAGAGGCAGUUUUCAGGGUGUUUUUCCCUCUUCUUCAUCCCUUUUGCCAUCAUCAGCAUGACAAGUGACAGUCGGCAAUAACCAGUAUUUUUUGCGCUGGGCAACAAACAUAAAAAAAAAAAAAAGCAACAAAAUCAUCUUUGAAUGCCACUGGAUAUACUCCUCCUCCUCGUUUGUGCGCCUUUUAGAAAGAAAACUACGCACUGAUUGAUCAUUUUGUGUUGUGUUGCUGACACACAACCCGCUGAAGGCAAAACUCCUCCUCCUCCUCCCUCCGCUUUUCUCUCAUCUUCUCCCGCCUCCCUCCCUCCCUCCCUCCUCCCUCCUCCCCCCCGGUCCUCUAUGCUCAGUUCGGUGUGUGUAUCCUCUUUCAAAGGGCGCAAGGGUGGGAACAAGUCGUCCAACAAAGCAUGUUACAGCGCAGACAUGACUUGUCCGUCGGAAAGCGAGAAGAUCGUGAUAAACUGCGGCGGCGUGCGCCAUGAGACGUACCGCAGCACCCUGAAGACGUUGCCGGGCACGCGCCUGUCGUGGCUGACCGAGCCGGACGCCUUCAGCAACUUCGACUACGACCCCAAACUGGACGAGUUCUUCUUCGACCGCCACCCGUCCGUCUUCUCCUUCAUCCUCAACUAUUACCGCACGGGCAAGCUGCACUGUCCCAACGACGUGUGCGGGCCCUUGUUCGAGGAGGAGCUCGCCUUCUGGGGCAUCGACGAGACGGACGUGGAGGCGUGCUGCUGGAUGAACUACCGCCAGCACCGGGACGCCGAGGAGGCGCUGGACAGCUUCGAGACGCCCGAGCCGGACGCCCCGGACGACGACCCGGCGCUGCAGGGGGGCGCCGACGGGGACCUGAAGAGACUCUGCAUGCAGGAGGACGCGCGCAGGGCGGGAUGGUGGAAAACAUGGCAGCCCAAAAUCUGGGCGCUCUUCGAGGACCCGUACUCGUCCAAAUACGCCCGGUAUGUGGCGUUUGGCUCCCUAUUCUUCAUCCUCAUCUCCAUCUCCACUUUCUGCAUGGAAACGCAUGAGGCCUUCAACACCAUCCUCAACAAGACGGAGAACUUCACGGUGGGCAACGUGACGCGCGAGGAGAUCGUCUACGAGGUGGUGACCGACAGCUGGCUGACGUACGUGGAGGGCGUGUGCGUCAUCUGGUUCACCAUCGAGGUCCUCCUGCGAGUCAUCUUCUGCCCCGACAAGCUGGAGUUCUUCAAAAGCUCCCUCAACAUCAUCGACUUUGUGGCCAUUCUGCCCUUCUACCUGGAGGUGGGCUUGAGCGGUCUGUCCUCCAAAGCUGCCAAGGACGUCCUUGGGUUCCUCCGCGUCGUGCGAUUUGUCCGCAUCCUUCGAAUCUUCAAGCUCACCCGCCACUUUGUGGGGCUGCGAGUGCUCGGCCACACCCUUCGCGCUAGCACCAAUGAAUUCCUCCUGCUCAUCAUCUUCUUAGCCCUCGGUGUCCUCAUCUUCGCCACUAUGAUCUACUACGCCGAGAGAAUCGGCGCCGACCCGGACGACCCGACAGCGAGCGCCCACACCAACUUCAAGAAUAUUCCCAUCGGCUUCUGGUGGGCCGUGGUGACCAUGACCACGUUGGGCUACGGAGAUAUGUAUCCGGAAACGUGGUCGGGGAUGUUGGUGGGUGCACUGUGUGCCUUGGCUGGUGUGCUGACCAUCGCCAUGCCUGUUCCCGUUAUUGUCAACAACUUCGGCAUGUACUACUCUCUGGCAAUGGCCAAACAAAAGCUGCCCAAAAAGAAGAACAAACACAUUCCAAGAGCACCUCAGCCAGGGUCUCCCAACUACUGCAAGCCGGACGCCCUCGCCAUGGCUACCGCAUCCCCGCAAAGGCUCUUGGGGAAUGUCCUUGGUGGAGUCAUGGGGUCUGGAGGCCUUGGGGGUGACUGUCCUCUUGCCCAGGAAGAAAUUAUAGAGAUCAACAGAGACUCCAAGCAGAACGGCGAUGCAGCCUCGGCCGCCUUGGCCAACGAAGACUGCCCCACCAUCGACCAGGUGCUCAGCCCGGACGAGAGGAGCCCCAUCGGGCGGGGUCCCACCCGGGAACGCUACCAGCAGGACCGCGCCUGCUUCCUGCUUAACACCAGGGAAUUCCGAGCCACAGAUGGGAACGUGCGGAAAGAGGCAGCAGCCCUGGCACCCAGCCCAGACUCCCCUCUGACUGAGGAUUGGUAUAAGAUGGAAGGGUCUCUGUUACAGCAGGACCUCAAUGCAAACUCCACCUCCUCCUGGAUCAAACCGUAGACCAGAGUGUUAAGUUUCUAGCGUUCGCCUUUUUCUCUCUAACGAGGAGUCAGUAAGCGGUAAACACAUAUUUGCGGCGGGAGCCACGUAAAGCGGCGAGCGAGAUGUGGAUGGACAUUUUUUUUUUAUUUUUUUUUUUUUAAAAGGAGACCUUUUUUGGGGGGGCGACACAAGAGAAAGGGAGAGAGCGGCCACAAGUUAAUCAUGAAUUCCGGGAAAAUUCACACGGUCCGCUCCCCGCUCACGUCGUUACCAAAGUAGCCUCUCGGAACUCCCAACGACCACCAUUUUUUUGUUGUUGACAUCUGUCUUGACAGACCUUUUUUUUUUUCUUUUUUUUCUUCUUUUUGGGCCAAUUGACUGAGCAUUGCACUGACACACUUUGGGAGGGGGGAGGGGGGGGAAGACUCCUGUGGACACAUUCCAGAUGACGUCUUGUUCCAUGGCCCCGGUCUAUCAACUGAGCAACAACAUUGGGGGGAAAAAAAAACAAAACACUUGUCUUCACAAGGGACUGAAUGAACAAUGUAGCAUCUCUGCUAACACACCGUAGCAUUCGUUGGCUGAGAGAAACGACUCGACUUGAUGACUAAAGGGAUUUUAUGCAGUUCAGAUGUCACUCCCUCUUGAGAUCCUUCCCAGUGAAGACACACGAGCGAGUACAUGAGAGACGAAGCACCGGUCUUCACCUUUAAAAAAAAAAAAAAAACACUUCCGGAGGAGAAUAAGACGGCUAUCACGAUCAAGAAACUUUUGUCUUCCAUCCACUUCUAAAGAACGCUACUAUGGCGAAACGAAACCCAUGUAGCAUCACACGCUAAACCAAGACUUCCUUUUUCUCUCAUGUACUAAACAAAGGGGGGGAUACGAUACCUGCCUUCUGUGAUAUAUUGUAGAUUAGCAAAAAUGAGUCCACUCGGGGUCCAAGGUCUUCUAAAAAACAAUCUUUAAUCCUUUUAACUGCCACUUGCAUCCAUUCCCCAUUCAAGUGAAAUUAGAGCUAUCGCGGCCCGAGCCGAACCUAGACUGAGGGAGACAGGGGCAGACUGUUGGCCAAACAAUUCUGCUUGAAUUACGAUAAAAAGGACACCCUAUGCCACUUUUUAACCCGCAUAUAACUGCCCGUUAGCUGGGACCAAUCAGAGAAUACCCUUGCUUCCUAACACACAUACAAAGGCCUACACUGCCAUCAAGGCACAAGAAACCCCCCAGCCCCAAUGAGUACUGCCCAAAAAUCCUUCUGCCGUACCUCUCGCUGCCAGCCGGUUGCUUCACUGGUGAGGCGAUGUUAAGACGAGGAGGCCCCUCAAGAAGCCAGAAGCGGACCAAGUAGAGAGAGCAAGUGUACAAAAAAAAAAAGAACAAAUCUAUAUUUUGAUAAAAACAUAUCUAUGGCAUUGGAAUUGGAAGCUGGUCCAAGAUGGGAAGGAGGUGGAAAGCAAAAGGACGGGGGGG